ACCAAUCAAGCCAAACUCGAAGAGACAGCCAAAGUCGAGCCAAAGAAGAAGACCAUCGCGCAAUUAGACGAGGAACUUCGCCAGAAACUAUCCGGUAUGGCAGGCGACGGCGGCGCAGCGGGUAUCGAAUACGAGGAUGGCCGGCCAGUGGACAUGAAACGGAGCGUGCGGAACAACAUGUUUAGAUACAUUUGA